GUGUAGACAGAUGAAGGCUUUAAUCCUGAGGGUUGUGUAAGAGGGAGUGUGUGUGUGUGUGUGUGUGUGUGUGUGUGUUGGUGAAUCUACACACACAGUGUGUGCAUUACACACCGAGCUGCUGAGGAUCAGGCUCUAAUCCGCGACUUCUCUCCUUCUGCUUCAGGAUUAUUGGACAGAAACACUGCUAAAAACAUUGGGCUUUUUCCCUCUGCUGGAAGAUCAUCUGGACUGAGACAUGGAGAAGGUCUGUGUCCUGCUCAGCGUAACCCUCCUCGCCGCAGGUACUCGGGGUCAGACACCGAGCCCGGACACGCAGGAGCUGACUGCCCGGAGUGCAGACUUUGCCACGGCGCUGUACCGCAAGAUCGCCAGCAUGAGCGAUGAUAACUUUGCAUUCUCACCCUUAGCAGCCUCCCUGAGCCUGGCAACCCUGGCAGCAGGAGCCGAAGACAACACGAGAAAGGAGCUGCUGCAGGCGUUAAACCUGGCUCCUAUGGAGAGAGAUGGAGAACCCGAGCGGAUCCCGACGCUGUUGCAGCAGAUGAAGGAAGCUGUGGUUCAGACUUUAGCGACGGCUCUGUUCAUCAGCAAGCAAGUCCAGGUCGAGUCCAGUUUCAGCAGCCAGGUGAAGAAGUUCUACAGCGCAGAUUUGAAGAGUGUGGAGUUCUCCAACGAGCAGGCCACUAAAGCCAGCAUCAGUGAGUACGUCACAGCCAACACUGGGAACAAGAUCAGGGAGGUGCUGGACAAUGUGAAUGCUCAAAACCAGCUCAUGCUCAUCAGUGCUGCAUAUUUUACAGGCCAGUGGAAGCUCCCGUUUAACUCCAGCUUCACCCAGGAGGAACGGUUCUAUGCUGAUAAGUACCACAUCAUCCAGGUGCCCAUGAUGAUCCGCUCUGAUAAGUAUUACCUGGCAUAUGACCCGGCUCUGAAGGUGGGCAUUCUGAAGCUGCCGUGUGCUGAUGGGACUGCCAUGCUGCUCCUGCUGCCGGAUGAAGAUGUAGAUUACACGUCUGUGGAUGAAGCUCUGACUGCUGAAGUCUUCCUCGGAUGGGUGGCAAAGCUAAAGAAGACGAAGUUAGAGGUCCAGAUACCCAGGUUCUCAGUGGAGUACUCUUUCUCCUUGAUGAAAAGCCUCCCCAGUCUGGGCUUCACCAAAUUCGAGGACAGUAGUGCAGAUCUGUCAGGAAUCAGCAAAACCUCUGAGCUGAAACUGUCUGAGGCACUGCAGAAGGUCCUGGUGGAAGUGGAUGAGCAAGGAGGCUCGGCUGCCCCGUCCUCCUCCAGUAUCUUCAUGGACACUCUUCCUCCGAGGCUCACCUUCAAUCGGCCUUUCCUGUUCCUCGUCUAUCACGAGGCCACCAAGAGCCUGCUGCAUAUGGGCCGUGUAAUCGACCCCACUAAGAAGUAGCCGUGUUCGUGUUCAUGCUUCACCUAAAACAUAUUUAGCAAACGCUUUCUUCUGUGCACUGAUUAGCGUUCCUGGAAUCUGCGUUGUACCAAAGCUGUAUGUAAUGUACGUAAUGGAAUAUGGUAAACACUUAUCUACAUGCAGUAAUGAAUCGUUAUAAACAGAAAUAUUUACUCAUCAAGCUAUAAACCUUAUAGAUUACUACCUAAUUCUCCUGGAUUAAAGUCAUUAUUACCUUCUGAAUCCUGGAUUCUGAUUGGUCAGAAUGUAGCAGCAGCUUUUAUAUUAAUGUGGCGUUCAAAUAUGUUACGGUUUCUAUAGCAACGGCUCACGCACAGGUGGUUGAUCUAUAUAAAUUGAUAAAAUUCUGUAAGGAGAUGUUUAUGGAACUUUUAUGGACGGAGUCUCCAGUGUCAGUGCUUUGUAGUUUUCUUACCGUUUUCAGGAAAACAAAUAUUUGCACAAUUCUCCAACAAUUCAUAAAGAAAGAGUUCAGAAACUUCAGGAAGUCAUGAGUGGUGUUCACCAUGGGCUUUAUUGUUUGGGUUCUGUGUUGUGACGUGAAUCACUCGGGUGCUUUAAAGCACCAGGAAUAAUCUCACUGGUGGAAAUGGAGAGUCCCAGAACUCCUAAAGGUGGUGCUCAGUCAUAAAAAUACACACUUUUAUCCUAGCAAGUGGGAAAAUAUUAUAAAACAAAGAUUCUGCAAAGCAUGCUAUAAUACAAAAAGAAAAAACAAAUCAAAAUAAAUGACUCAAUAAAUAAAAUACAUCAUAUUACCUAUUA